AAAAUAAGCCUUUGGCUCAAGUCCAGAAGCCACCCUCCAAGAUCAAGAACCUCAAAAUGACCCGACAUUUGCAUAAGGGUACAAACACCAACAUUACUUCACUCCCUUUUAUGGAUACCAAGGAGAAGAAGAAUGUGAUCAACCUCCCACACAUCAGCAACAAAAUUCUGCUGAAGCCUGGUGUGCUGUCCCGGGAAAUUCAAACGCACAGUCGUAAGCUGGCCUCUGAGUACAAGGCUUUAGAAGCACCUUUCCACCCUAGCAUGAAGACUCAUGAACACAAGGUAGAAGAGAAACCACCAAAGAAGCACAAGGUGCCUCUGACGGCAGCAGAAGCCCUAAAGAAUUUUAAGAGUAAGCUGUCUCCUUAUGAGCAAAGUGAAAUCCUGGGCUACACAGAGCUAUGGUUCCUGGGGCUUGAUGCUGAGAAACUCAAUGUGGCUCCAGAGAAAUUCAGCAAGACAAGUUUUGAUGAUGAACAUGGCUCCUAUCUGAAGGUCCUGCAUGACCACAUUGCCUACCGCUACGAGGUUCUGGAGAUGAUUGGAAAAGGGUCCUUUGGACAGGUGGCCAAGUGCUUGGAUCACAAAAACAAUGAGUUGAUGGCCCUGAAAAUCAUCAGGAACAAAAAGAGAUUUCACUACCAGGCCCUGGUGGAGCUGAGGAUCCUGGAAGUCCUCAGAAGGAAGGAAAAAGACAACAAGUACAAUGUGGUACACAUGAAGGACUUUUUCUACUUCCGGAAUCACCUCUGCAUCACCUUUGAACUUUUGGGAAUCAACUUGUAUGAGUUGAUGAAGAGUAAUAGCUUUCAAGGUUUCAGUCUAUCGGUAGUUCGGCGCUUCACGCUCUCUGUAUUGAAGUGCUUGCAAAUGCUUUACGUAGAGAAAAUCAUCCACUGUGAUCUCAAGCCUAGGCUUGUGCCAUUCACGAAGAUGGAUCAUUCUACUACUCUGCUCUGCUAAGUCCUUACUAGAUCCACUGUACUCUGUGUUGCUCCUCAG